AAUUUUUGAAAUGAUUAUAAUUGUACGCGAUUUAAAACUGUUAAAACAAGAUAAGAAAGGUCAGAAGAUAUAUUUAUAGGAAAGAGUAAUUAAGUAAGUGCUUAUGAAAAUGUACUAUUAGUAUGUGUCCCUCUGGUGGCAAAAAGGGUUGCCAUAAAGAUAAUGCGCGAUGUGUCUUCAUUGUAUCAUUUGUGUCUUAAAAUUAUUUGAUAAUUUGAUUAUUGCGUUUAAUUAUAAUUUAAAUUUCAUAUAAAGUAUAAUUUACAACGUGGUGAUCAAAAAAUUUUUCUGUGGAGCAUCAACUUUGAGAUACAAGAUAAUUUUGAAGACAUGAGAUAUUCAAUGUUACAAGAACAAGAAUAUGGGGUAGCUUUACCUCAAAAUCGAUUGCCCAAUGAAAUAAAUGAAUCUGUGACAAUUGAUACAGAUACUAUUGAACCAGAAAAUAAUAAUCCUAUAGAAGAAGGUUCUAUGGUAUCAAAUCUUCCUCUUUUGUUUGCCAAUGGACACCCAACAUCGCUAGAAAAAAUUACAUUGGCACAGUUAGAACGUUUUGUUACAUUUAUGGUACAGUGCUCUUUAGGUCAUGAUACCAAUGAAGUGAUCAGUGUACCACAAUGGUGGCCAAAAGAAGUUAAAUUUUCAAAUCCUUUAAUAAGACCUAAAAGAGUAAAUGAUAAUUGGAUGGCUAAUUUGAAAAAAUUAGUAUUUAGAUGUUAUACAUACCACAGAAGCGAAUAUCUUUUACGCUUUUGUUCAUAUCUUGCACGAUAUCCACAAGAAGAUUUGGAAUAUGUCAACAAUUGGGAUUCCACGACAAGUUUAUAUCACAAAAAUACUGGCAAAUUAUUAGUAACAUUUCGAAAUGAAAAUAUGAAUUAUGACAAAAGAGAAAGAAGUCCUCGAAAAAAGUUAUUAUCUUGUAGUGGAGUAAUUUCCUCUUAUAAUAAGUCAAAACAACAACAACAUUCCAUGAUGAUGGUUGAACAUCAACAAAACGUUGAUUUAUCAACGGAAGAUAUUUAUCUAUGUGACAAUUGUGAUGCUGAAUUUAUAGGCCUAGAGAAAAUGAAGGAACACGAACGUGUAUGUUAUGAACAAGAACAAAACGGAAAUAAUUCGCGACCUACAACACCAGAAUUGUCUAUUAUAGAACCUGAAUUAAAACAAGAUCAGUUCUUGGAAUAUUUUCAGUUGUGUUCAAUAAACUCAGAAUCUAAAUCUGCUGAAAACAGCAAUGGUGCUACAACAGUUAAUAAUAAUAAUAAUAACAAUAACAACAUUAUUAGACGCACCUCCCGUCGUGUUCGCGGAGCUAUCAAUUUUACAAGAUGUCCAACUAUUCCUUUUUCUUCUCCCGCUGGUAUAUUAUUAGCUAAAAAAUCAAAAGCAAUGACAGAAGAAACACAACAAGAAAGACUAGAAAGGAUAGAAAGACAUCUUAUUGCUCCUGUUUUAAACAAUUCAUCUAGACCAAAGUGGUUAGAAGCAGAUAUUGAUCAUGAUAAAUGGAUUGUUACAUAUAAACCAAAUCGAGAAAAGAUGGCAUGUGAUUAUGUUCAUCAAUAUAAAUUUGCAAAUUCUCUUAAAAAAAAACCAAUGUUAAGCAUACAAUCACAAUUAUUAUACGUUCUUUGUCGACCUGUUUUUGUUCUUUUAAAACGAUUAACCGAAGAACAAAUGUAUAAUCUUGAACGAAAUCCGUCAAAAUAUCAGUGUCUUGUUCGAAAUAUUUCAAUCGAUAACAGAGGAUCGAUAUCAGAAGAUGAAAAAACAAAACCAAACAUUUCUUCAAAACGUAAAGCUCCAAAUGACGAAAGUGAUUUAAACGAGACGAAAGAAAAUGAAAAAAUAGUUUUCAAUGAAAUUAAUGUUGUAGAGUUAACCAAUUUCGAAGGUAAAAAUCUUUGUGACGAAAAUAAUACGACUAUCAUUCAUUCAAUUAAAGAGACCACAUUGUGUGUAAAACCACCGAAUGAAAUUACGGUGAUUGAUCUUUGCUCUUCAGAUGAAGAAGAAAAUCCAUGUAUUUUUACAUCUUCGGAUAAAAAUAAAGAUUCGAUGAAUUGUGUAUCUGAAGAUGUAACAAAUUCGUUAUUAGAAAAGCUUUCUUCGAAUAAAUUUCAAUUAAAAUCUCAUAUUUGUUCAACACAACAAAAAAGCGAAUGGUUGUCGAAUAAUAUUUUAAACAAUGAUAGUGAAAAUUAUACAAGCAAGUAUCAUAGUACAAUGUUAAAUACACGUACAAGUUUAUCCCCAAUCCUUGAAUCAACACCAUAAAAUGUUGAUUAUUUGACAUACGAAAUUUAUCGUAUGCGCGUUAAAUUUGUUACAAUAUUUAUUGUUUCAAUUCUAUAUGAUUAUAAAAUAUGUAAAAUGAUUUUACACAUAUCAUUUUUAUUAUUCACAGCAUAUUGUCAUUAAUUAAAAAGAAAUUCCAAAUGUUAAGUAACAAAUCGAUCAAAUCUAGUAUUUUUCAAUCAAAA